AUGAAUACUUUUAAAUGCGGGAAAACGCAAAUUUAUAACAUAAUUAAAAACAAUAUUAAAAUUAGAGAAGAAUGGUUAAAAGGAAAUGGGAAAAGCAAACGAAGUUUAAAGAAGACUGUUAAUGAUGAAAUUAACAAAGCAGUUUGGAAUUGGUUUGUUAAAGCUAGAUCUAAGAACAUUCCAAUUAGUGGUCCAAUGCUUCAGGAAAAAUCCAAGAACAUCGCGAUUAAAUUGGGGAACACCGAUUUUAAAGGUUCCAACGGUUGGUUGGAAUGUUUUAGAAAAAGACAUAAUAUUUUAUGGAAUCAAGUAUGUGGAGAACCUAAUGAUGUCAAUGUUGACGAAGUAAAUGAAUGGAAAUCAAAAAUAGGCUUAUUUUUUCGUGCUAUUCCUUCAAAAACAUUGAAAUUAAAAGGGGAACAAUGUAAAGGUGGUAAACUUUCAAAAGAAAGAAUAACAUUUCUUCUUUGUGGAAACAUGGCCGGUGAAAUGGAAAAACCAUUAGUAAUAGGAAAAGCAGAAAAGCCUCGAUGUUUCAAAAAUAUUGAUGUAGAAAAAUUGCCAGCUGGGUUUUAUGAAAAUGAAAUAGACGAUAAGCAAGACGAUAAUGAAGAAUAUGAAGACGUACAGCGGUUAUGUACUUUUAUGGGUAUUUCACAUAGCGUUUAUGAUUUUAUAAAUUUAGACAAUAAUGUAUACACGGAUAAUGACGACAUAAAUGUUUUAAUUGACGAUCAAUCAAUAAAUCAAUCGGAUUUUGAAAAUGAAGAUAACGAAAGAAGCAAUGAAAAAAAUGAUGAAGAAAACCAAUUGAAAACAUACAAGGAAGCACUUAUUUACAUCAAGAGUUUGGAACAAUUUUCAAUAAAUAAAUGUGAUAGUGAGUUAUUGGAAACGAUAUCGUGGGCAAAAAUAAAAGUUGAAAAAAGCAUUGCUACAGAAAAAACCAGACAAAAAACAUUACACGAGUUUUGGAAUUUAUAA